CGAUUCCCUUCCCAGUCCAAAAGCUCCCUCUUUUAACCUUCCUUCCUCUUCUUUCUGUUGAUCUGGUUCUUUUGGGGGUUGUUUUUCUGGAGGAGGAGGAGGAGAUGGGGAGGGGAAGGGUGGAGCUGAAGCGGAUCGAGAACAAGAUCAACCGGCAGGUGACCUUUGCGAAGCGCAGGAAUGGACUGCUCAAGAAGGCCUACGAGCUGUCGGUGCUCUGCGACGCCGAGGUUGCCCUCAUCGUCUUCUCCAACCGCGGGAAGCUCUACGAGUUCUGCAGCAGCUCCAGUAUGUUGAGGACACUAGAGAGGUACCAAAAGUGCAAUUAUGGUGCACCAGAAACAAAUAUCAUAUCAAGGGAGACUCAGAGUAGUCAGCAAGAGUAUUUGAAGCUUAAGGCGCGUGUUGAUGGCUUGCAGCGAUCACAAAGAAAUCUGCUGGGUGAAGAUCUGGGGCCACUUAACAUCAAGGAACUUGAGCAGCUUGAGCGCCAACUUGAUGCAUCGUUAAGACAAAUAAGAUCAACAAGGACACAAUACAUGCUUGACCAGCUUGGAGAUCUCCAAAGACGGGAACAAAUGCUAUGUGAAGCUAAUAAAGCCCUGAAGAUAAGAUUGGAGGAAAGCAGUGAGGCAGAUCAGCAACAGCUGUGGGAUCCCAACACUCAUGCUGUAGCUUACGGGCGGCAGCAGCCUCAACCACAGGGCGACGGCUUCUUCCAAUCCAUAGACUGUGAACCUACUCUUCAGAUUGGGUACCAUCCAGAUCAAAUGGCGAUCGCAGCAGCAGCAGCAGCAGCAGCUCCUGGUCCAAGUUACAUGCCCGGGUGGCUUGCAUGAACGAAGAACAUACCUUUCCUUGCCUUGAAUGGUAAUGAAUGUUACUGUUUCUUGUGCUGAUUGAUGCGGUCUGUAGCUGGUACAAUAAUCCUGUUUGUGAACUGCCAUAUAAAGAACUCCGACGGAAGAGCGUCUCCAGUAAUCCUGUCUGUGCACUUGACUACAUCUAAUUGCCGAGUUUAAAUUGGAACGCUCAUGUUCUUGAAA